AUUGUGUUUAAGCUGGCUGCUUUGUUUUCUUCUGAAACUGGAUCUGCUUUCAAUUUUUCCUUAAUUUUCCUCACAGAUUUCGCUCUUCAAUCUUCUAACAUGAACUACAGCUCUGCUCCGCCGGAACCAGACGACAAAGGCCGUUAUUACCAUCUUCCCUCUGCUUCCAAUCUCCAAAAUGAGACAACACAAGGAAAACAACACAAGUCAACAGAAGUAGUCACCUCCGUUCGCCGCCGAAUUCCUCAUCGUCUCAAUAAAUAUGUUCUGGCCGCCGCUGUUCUUGCCUCCACUAAUUCGAUUCUUCUUGGCUACGAUAUUGGGGUUAUGAGUGGAGCGGUGCUUUACAUCAGGGAUAAUCUGAAAAUCUCAUCAACCCAAGUGGAGAUUUUGGUGGGAUGCUUGAACGUUUGUUCUUUGAUCGGCUCGCUUGCCUCCGGCAAGACCUCCGAUUGCAUUGGCCGCCGGUACACUAUUGUUCUGGCAGCAGCCACAUUUCUGAUUGGGGCACUUCUCAUGGGUCUAGCACCGUCUUUCUCCUUUCUCAUGGCCGGUAGGGUUGUAGCCGGAAUCGGCGUUGGCUACUCCCUCAUGAUCGGCCCUGUCUACACCACCGAGCUCUCCUCUGCUAUGACUCGGGGAUUUCUCUCUUCUCUCCCUGAAGUCUUUAUCAACAUCGGAAUCCUCCUCGGUUACAUCUCCAAUUAUGCAUUGUCAAGUCUUCCGGAGAACAUAAAUUGGAGACUAAUGCUCGGAUUAGCAGCGUUGCCAGCCUUAGCCGUCGCGGUUGGUGUAAUUAUAAUGCCGGAGUCCCCUCGUUGGCUCGUAAUGAAAGGGCGAUUUCUUGAGGCAGAGCAAGUUCUGAUCAAGACAUCCAACGGCGGUGCAGAAGAAGCCAGAAUGAGGUUAAACGAAAUGGCGAAGGCUGCGGUUGAUUCGGGACAAGAACCACCUUCAACCUCCAAUUGGAGCGGCGAAGGUGUCUGGAAAGAGUUAUUUCUCCACCCGUCGCCACCAAUCCGGCGAAUUCUCAUUGCCGCUAUCGGCGUCAACUUCUUCAUGCAGGCCUCCGGAAACGACGCCGUCGUGUACUAUAGCCCAGAAGUGUUUAGAGACGCCGGUAUUCACGACAGGAAGCAGCUGGUCGGAGUCACAAUCAUCAUGGGACUCACCAAGACGUUCUUUGUCUUCAUCUCAUCUCUGUUCCUGGAUCGGUUCGGUCGGCGGCCGAUGCUGUUACUGGGCUCGGCGGGGAUGACAGUUUCAUCAGCAAUGUUGGGUCUGGGCUCAAAGUAUCUCGAGACGUCUGAAAUCAAACCAGUUUGGGCCAUUGCGGUGUGCGUGGUGGCUGUUUGUGCUGAUGUCUCCUUCUUCUCUAUUGGGCUUGGGCCUAUUACUUGGGUCUACUCGUCGGAAAUAUUUCCGAUGAGACUGCGGGCCCAAGGGACGGGCCUGGCAAUAUCGGUGAACCGGGUUGUAAGUGGGAUUGUGUCCAUGACAUUUUUAAGUUUGUCUGAAGCAAUUACGUUUGGGGGAAUGUUUUUUGUUCUUGCAGGAAUCAUGGCGGUGGGUCAUCCCUCUACUUCAGUUUGAGCUCACAUGCCCUCCCUCUACUAUUCAAAAAGCGAUCAAUUUCGUUCCUCCUUCCAUUCCAUGGCUAACACCGUCACUUUUUAUAGCUAAAGGCCUAACGGUUUGGCUAACACCGUCACUUUUCUUUAAUUUGGUUAUAAUAGGACCCACUAAUACAACAUCAUACUCUAU